GGACACGAGGACGUGCCUGAGGUUCAUCCAGGCACUGGGGAGAGGAUGGAGGACUUUUUGAAGCGAGCAGCCAAGGGACCUGUAGGGGAGGGUUCUUCCAAGAGGAAGGAAGGUGGAACAGAUCCGGCCGCCGCCCCAGCUGGGAAGAGGCAUCGCCAGCAGAAGGUCACUGACGUCUACGGUGGCGAGUGGGUUGCUCGCCACAAGAAGACAUUCCUUCGCUGGCUCUAUUCCAGCGGGGUCCCCUUCAAUGCCUUCCGCAACCAGGCUUGGAAGGCAUACUUGCAGGUCCUUCUUGAGCAGCCUGGCAGUUCCCCGCGCGCUGUGCUCCCCAGCCACAGCGAGAUUGCGAGUAUGCAGGCGGUGGAGACCCACCGUAAGGAGCUGGCGGAGGAGUUGGAGGAGGUGAGGCAGCCAUUCUGGAUCACUGGUGCCACCCUCCUCUCCGACGGGAGGAAAUCACGAGACGGGAGACCGAUCGUGAAUUUCCUUGCCGCCGGCUCGCGAGGGGUCGUCGUCUACACGACGAUCAAUCGCGAGGGCGAGCCGGACGAUGCAGUGCACGUCCUUCGGAGAUGGGUGACCAUCUUCCACGAGUUCAGUUUCGGCGGCCCGCAGCUGGUCAAUGCGAUAUGCACAGACUCCGCAUCGGCGUACGUGGGGGCUGCGAGGGCAUUGGUCUCGCCGGGCAUCUCUCCUGCAAUCAGGAGGAUCACUUGGCUUCCGUGUUCCGUCCAUGUCUGCAACAAAUUGUUGUCAGACAUGGGGACGAGUUGCGACGCGUUUGUGGACGCGAUUACACGCGCUCGUGUUCUGGUGGUGUUUUUCAAAACCCAGCAGGCCGCCCUUUAUUUCUUUAGGAAGCGCAGCCCCAACAAGGGGCUUGUGCUUUCUUGCGAGACGUGGUUCGCGUCUGUUUAUUCUAUGUUGGAGAGACUGUUGGCCAUGCAGGACGCUCUGCAGGCGAUGAUGCGAGGGGAUGAGGGGCGGGAUUUUGCUUAUAUACCGUGGUCCGCUGAUGUGUGCGACAUGGCGCGUUGGGUGCGCCGGCAGAUCAGAUGGGAGCCUUGGUGGCACACGAUGGCCAUCAUAGUCCACAUCAUGCAGCCCGUCAUGGAGCUGCUUAGGCAGAUGGAUCGUGGGGGGCAGUACAUGUCCCUCAUGAUCGAGUGGACACAGGAUCUUGUCCGCCGUGUCACUGAUGCAUGCGCUCCUUUGGGGAGGGUUUUCGCUGACCGCAUCAUCAGGCGUGUGCAGGCUCGCACACAGCACAUGCUGGAGCCUGCUCACUGCGCGGGGUUCUUACUGAACCCCCGCAGGCGACAUGUUGAGUACUUUUCGGGCGAGGUGAGGGAUUACCCUCGUUGGCUUGUAAGGCAAGCCAAGAGGUACAUUUUGACGCAGACGGGUUACGAGGAGGAUGGUGUGGAGUACAUCAUUGCAUGUCGGCAGUUUGAGGACUUCCACAUGCAGCAGGGCACAUUUGGGGAUUGGGGAGGGGGGGAGAGGCGUGCUCGUGGGCGUGCUUGCAGCGGCGACAGGGAGACGAUUGAGUGCGCGUCCUGGUGGUCUCAGUACGGGUCUGGCGCACCUGAGUUGCAGCGCUGCGCUCUUCGUGUGAUGCACAUGUGGUCUUGCGUCUCUCCAGCGGAGAGGAACUGGGCAGUCCACGAGGGCAUUCACACGAAGAAGCGCAACCAGUUGGCCUUUGAGAAGGUCGUUCAGCUGGUUGAGAUCACCGCGAAUGUGCGGUUGUCGGAGUAUCGGCGGGCUGGGUGCGGUUAUGUGCUGCCAUGGCAGCGGGACGAGGGCAUGCUAGACUGCCAGGCCGGACUGGAGUUGGAGCCAGUGCGCACGGGCACGCGCCGGGGGAUGACGCCGGAGGAGAUUGCCCGUCAGGUUGCGCUUAUCACGCGGGAUCCCAUCGGGGCGAUCCCUCCAGUUCCAUGGGGUCCUGCAUCGCCGGUGUGGUCUGGGUCUACCUCCACCGGAGCACGUACGGCGGGAGAUGUUCCAAGGGUUUCAGGUGGCGUCGUGGAGACGGCGCCACGUACACGAGACAUGCCACCCCCUCCUCCUAGACCACCUAUAGGUGAUCCGUCAUCGUCGCCCACAGGCAGAGGCUCUCGAUCUCCACACACGCCUGGGAGGUCUAGGAUUCGGGACACUACAGCCGUUGUGGGGGACGUGAGUGACACAUCGUUGUUCGGGAGGACAGAAAUAAAUUUUGAUUCCACCCGCCGUGUCACGGAGCACACAGCACGUCUACAACCGGGUUUGGGAUCCCGCGACGGCAGGAUGACCGCAGCGAGGGAGGUGGCAGCAUCAGGUUGUGAGCCUCAGCGAGGUCGCGACAGAGGAGUGUCCGCCGAUAGCUUGGAGUAUGCUCUGAUGGCAACGACGCAUGCUGUACAUGAGCAGACUCCACGCAAGCGCGGAGUGCCUCCUCGUCCACGCCCCGUGCCCGCAGAGGGAGGAGAUGCACUUGGAGAGACUUCGGGGGCAGAGGGGUUGGGGAUGCCUCGUGGAUCGCGCCGUGAGCAGACGGUUACAGAGGCUAGUGCGAGGGUUGUUGUGUUGAGGAAGGCAGGAGCCCCUGUCACCAUCGAGGAGGAUGAUCCUAAAACAGAUGUGGCAGCGCGGGAGGAGGACGAGGACCAGGGUUGUCACGGCCCCGGCCCCGGGGGUCCGGGGUAGCCCCGAGGGUCCGGUGCGGUGGUGCCCUUACCCCGGUUCGGGAGGGGUUAAAAAAAAA